CUUAUUUCUCGUUCACACAGUUUCUGUCUAUCUGCAAUUAAUUCCUCUUAUCUCUCUCUCGCUCUCUAAACGUAUAUAUCUGGCGAUCCAUAGAUCUGAAACAUGGCGGAGGCAACGAGGACCGGCAGCCGGCGGCAGCCGAGUCGGCUGCAAAGGCGAGCUCCGGCGUCGAUACAGAUCAGUCCGGUGAGAGACUGGAACGCGGCGAUACCUCUCUUAUCACCUCUGAUCACGUCGCCGACGGCGCGGGAUCCUACGGCGGAGAUCAGAUCUUGCAAUAAUCAGAAUCAGGCCACGGAGGCCGAGAAGCCGGCGGUGAUGUUCAAGAAGUGGCAGCAUCCGGCGGCGCCGUUCUCCUAUGAGCCAGCACCGUUGAUGCCUUUUGUUUUUGCCGGCGCCGUCGACGGGAGUAGGGCCUAGUGCUUAUACACUCAUAUCAUAUAAGAUAUGCAUAAUGCAACAGGCACAUCUAAGAUCUAACCGUGUAUUUCUCCUCUCUUUGUUUUUACCUUUUUCCCUUUCCGACGAGACUUGAUUUAGAAACAUAUGUUGAUAUAAUCCUAAUUUUCCUACCAUCCUCUGCGAAAACUUUGAUGUACAAUACAUAAUCCAAGGAUCAAUCCUUCUUUUCUGACUUACCAAAUACGAUCUAUCCUCUUUUACGCAUAAUUGCUUCCAUUAUAUUCAUUCAAAAUAGAUUUAUUCGCUUUCUGUAGCAA